UGGAAACCUGGGAGACCCACAGCAGCGGCCACACCGAUCCAAGAGGGGGCGUGGAGAGGCAACGCUUUGAGUCGCUUCCAGGAGCAAAGCCAAGCCGCUGCAGCUGCCCGCGCAGAGCCCUGCCUUCCUGCCUCCAUCCUUAUUGAUUUCUUCGCUUCUCGCAUCUCUCUCUCUCUCUCUCUCCCUCUCUCUUUUUUUUAAACUGAGAAAGAGAGAUGCGCGCGACGGCUUUGCCAAGGGUUUGAUCGGCCAGCCCAGCCAAGCAGGCUGUAUGCAUUUGCUGUGUGGAUGCUGCCGCCGCUGCAUUUGCUUGCUGGCCUUGGACCAGAGCCGUUCGUGUAUUGAUCGGGCAACGUAGAAGCCCUCCGAUUUUUGUUUCUUCUUUUUCUUCACCCACGCCCACAGCCUCCAGCUUGAAGCUCCCCUAGAAGGGAGGGAAGGAGGGAGGGAGGACCUAGAGAGCUUUGCAGGGAAAGUUGCGAGUCACCAGGGAGGGGGGUCGCGGGGGCGAUGCCGUGUGAGCCCGAGCUGCUGCAACGGCAGGAGAGAGGGGGCUCUUCAGUAACAAGAAGGGGCCGAGCCCCGUGGGCAGCUGCUGCAGCAGAAGCUACGUCCCUCUGAAGGAGGAGGAGGAGAGGAGCACGGCGGCGCCGGAGUGGAAGCAUCAUGAAUCCUGUGAGGCGUCGGGCGCUGCGGCUGCUUCUGGCCUGGGGUUGCCUGUGCAUUUGCCUAGCUAUGUCAGAAGAUUCUGGUACCGAAGGCCUGAGCUCCACUUCUUUAGUAGACUUCAUAACAAUGUCCCACUUUAAGUCUCUGGAUUCCAGUGAACAGACCAACUUAGAAUUAUCGGCAUCUGAUUUUGGUCCUGGUGCCCUGCAAGUCUCACCUGGUUCAGGAUUUUUCAGUGAGGAAAAGGAAGACUCCAAGGUCCUCCAGUCUCAGUAUUUAUGGGAAGAAGGUGGAGAUAGCAAUGAUUCCAGUGUGUAUGUGGGGCCAGCAGCAGAUUACAGUUUUCCACUUGCUUCUCAAAAAGCCUUGCCCAAAGAAAAUGGAACACAAGUGAAAGAUGCCCAAGAACGCCCCACUUUUCAUCCCGUAUCUGAUUCCCUUGAUCCAGACUCCGAAGCCCCUUCCACCAGAGUCCUUGAGGAAGAGGAGGAAGAAUUGCUUCCUAUCAACCAGUCAAAGGGAAUGACUCAAAGCAGGCAAAUGUCAAAAACCACUUUUUCUGAAACAUCUACAGAGGAUUCUUUAUAUUCUAUCCUGUUUGCCACCAUGGCCAGCAGAAUGGAUCCAGCUACGAACAAGCAUGGGAAAGAAUCUGCGCUUGAGUAUUCCUCUUCAGGCUUUGACCUAGGAAGCAGCAUGGGACCCAGUCUCCUGCCCUUGUCCCCCAUCUUUUCAACUGAGACUACUACAGAUCCCCAGUUGGUCUCAGAACUUCCUCCCAAGAUUACCCAAGAAAGCUCAGUGGCUGCAGUAGAAAUAGCAGGGAAACAGUUAGCAACAGUAGCUGCAGUAGAAGGUGAUCUACCAGAAAGAAAAGCUACAACACAUGAGGAGGUUUCAAAACCUGUAGCAGGAACAAUUGCAGCUGAGAGGGAACUGACAAGAGAAGAUCUCAUAGGUUCUCAUGAGGACAAUUUCCAAGUAACUGAGACUGUUUCCAGGACUCCUAACAGCCUAUCAGAUCCCAGCUCUUUGGCGCAUUUUUGGGACUGGACCAGCGGACGAGCCCCAACUCCAACUGCUAAUCAGGAUAGCCAGGAUACAAAAGUGCCACUCGUCACAACAGCUGCAGCAGAAAAGAGCUAUACAGCACAAAACAGAGAUCUCCUGCUUGCCUCAGGAGUUCCCUGGAGUUUGACACAGAUUAUCUGUAAGGACUGGAACAACCUGGCAAGCAAAAACUACAUCAUCCUGAACAUGUCAGAUAACAUUGAUUGUGAAGAGUUCCGAGUGGAGAGAGGCCUCCGGUUGCUGGCCCUGAUGGAGGAUGCCUUCUCCAGAUAUGACAAUGGAUUGCAAGGGCAAUGGUUGAUCUCCUUAAACAAACCUAAUGAGAACGACAAACAUCUGUUGAUGACCCUGGCAGGAGAACAUGGGGUUGUUCCAACAAAUGAUGUCCUCUUGGCAUUAGGUGAUGUGCAGAAAAGUUUAGCUGAGAUUGGAAUUCAGAACUAUACAACUACAUCAAGUUGCCAGUCACAUCCCAGCCAGACACACAGCGAUUAUGGGAAGCUCUUUGUGGUGCUAGUUAUUAUCGGCUCAAUUUGUGUCAUCAUCAUUAUCAUGGGACUGAUUUACAACUGUUGGCAGAGACGCAUGCCCAAAAUGAAGAACAUGUCACAUGGUGAAGAACUACGAUUUGUUGAAAACGGUUGCCAUGACAAUCCCACCUUGGAUGUAGCCAGCGAUAGCCACUCUGAGAUGCAAGAAAAGAAGCCGAGUGUGAAUGGUGGGGGAGCUGUUAAUGGACCGGAGAGCUGGGAUGUUCUGAUUAGCAAGCAAACGAAUGAAGAGGGAGAGGUGUUUGAGGAAGAUACCCACCUCUAAGUGAGGAUCCCACGUAUGGGAUUGCACUUGCGUUUGAUUUAAGGGCCUAAAGCUGAGGGUGGCUCCUCAGGAACUCAUUUUUUCAGUUUGGAAUAGAUCUGCUCAAAAUGAUUCUGAAGCAUUAGCACAGUCCUGGAGCCAGAAGGGCCACCCUGAGCCAAGGGGGUGGGGUGGGGGUGGGCAUGUUUGUCUCUUGCUGUCAGUAACACCAAUGCUUUAAUCACAUUAAGAUGCACUUGCUCUAGUCUUUUGGUAGAAGAAAAUGGCCAAGUUUGAAAAAUAAAUGGUAUCAUGCCCCAACACGAUGCUUCCUGAAAGAUUUGCUGUGGAGGUAGUAGAGCAGCCGGAAGAACUGGGUUCAUAAUCUGUCUCAAAAAGUGCAAUAGAAGAAGCUAUGAUGAAAAAUGCAUAUUCCUUGAAACGCUUUGGGAUGUAAUUUUAAGACCAUCUAUCAAUUCACCACUGAUCCUGUUGCUCAGUUGUCCUACUGGAGGUUUUCCUAAAGCCACCAUGUACCACAGAAGGGCAAGUGGUUAGGCUAAGGCAUCUUUUCGUGGGCAGCAAUUUUUUUUGAACUUCUCUGAAUGGUUGUGUUUAGGCAAGAAAAUAUAUUCUGCACAAGUUCUGACGUUCUGUAUUGCCCUGACUUUAAGUUCUCAUUUGAUAGAUUGCAUGACUUCCUUACCUUGGUAAUUAUCUUUGCAAUAGAAGCUCCUUAAUGUGGAUCAAAAAUUCUUAGUGGAAACUGCAGGUUUAGACACGGCUCUGAAUUACUCUAGCUUUGUUGGUGAAAAUACAGAAAACUAUUUUCCUAAUAUAGAAUAAAUUCCUACUAACAUUCA